AUGUUUGCAAGGAAGAUGAAUACCUUCGGUGAUUAUCGAACCGAAACAGAUGUGAGAGCAAUGACAGAAGAAGAGUUGCAAGAGAGAUUGGAAGCAAUGGAGAACGUGGUAUUUCCAGCAAUCAACGAGAAGGUGUUGGCUAUGCUAGAAGCAAGAAACAAAGCCUUCAAUGAUAAGCAUUACAUCGUUCAUUUCCAUAUCAACAGCCAAGUAGUGGUGAUCGUACCAGAGAACGAAAGAAGCAAGCUCGAUACUUCACAUGACGGUCCAUUCACAGUUGUCAGAAAGACGCGAGGUGGUAGUUAUGUGUUGAAGAACAUCAGAGGCAAACUUCUUGGUAGAGACUACGCACAAUCGCAGCUGAAGUUGAUAUCCCAAGACUACGACUUGCCAUGUGACGAUAUAUACGUUGUCGAUCGCAUUGUCGCUCAUGAGAGAGUGGCUCCUGGCAAGUACAAAUACUUGGUAAGAUGGGAAGGCUAUCGUGAAGAGGACGACACUUGGGAACCCGAAUCGUCGUUUACAAACGUCCACACCAUUCACGAUUACUGGAAAAGACUUGGUGAACAACCUGAACCAAAGCCUGAGAACACGCGUAGAAAGAGAAAAAGAAACGCAAAAGGCAAAACGAGUUCUGGGUCAAAUGACGCACCUCGCAAAAACCGCUCACGCAAAAGACAACGGAACAGCAAUCCGAAACAACCCGUGCGUAAAUCACUCCGCCUCCGAUAA